AAAAAACAAAAACAAAAAAGGACAAACACGAAAAAGAGGGGAGCGGAUCAAUUAAUAGAACGGAGUAGCAGCACGCCAGCACUGACAUGCAGCAAGAAGAGAAACGAGGAGAAAGAAAACAAUCAGUUCGUCAGCUAUCAUCUCUCAAUCAUAACUUGAGGUUUUGGGUUAAGUUUCUUCCUCACGUUUGAAUAAGUUUUAAACUUCGUUCUUUAAUUAUUUAUAGUUUCAGAUGACUCUUAAGUUUGUUGUUGAACUAUUAUUAUUUCGAAUCACUAUUUAAAUUAUCUCCAUGUAUUACUUUAAGAGUUUAGCUCCUCCCUUAGUUGUGUUAAUUUAUAAUUAUGCUAGGCUAAAUUUCUAGGGGGUUUGGAGUUGGUAAAAUUAAAGUUAACGAUUGCUCUUUGGAUAUCGAAUUGAACUCAAUGAGUAAUUUGUGAAAUUGAUCACUUCAUCAUUUUUGUUUGAGGAAGUGCUGGUUGGGAAUAACAGGAUCGUGCUAAUAUGAAAGAAAAACACUUCUAUUACUUCCAAGAAUAGAAAGAAUAGACAUACAAGCUCUAACUAAAAACUCUCAAAACAACACCUCACAUAUCUCUCAAGGAUAUUCACAACUCAAACUUGGUUGUGCUAUGAUGAUCUAAUCUAAUUUACUUGAUGAUAGAAAAAUUCUCCAAGCUCUCUAUUUAUAGCACCAAAACUAGGUACUAGGAAGGUGGAAGGAAGGUGUGUUGAAGCUAGGAGGAAGCUUCAAUGGAGGUGUGAGGAAGGUGGUUCUUUGGUGUGAAGAAACUUCCCUUGUCAUUCUUGCACAUAGAGGAAGUUACAUGAAAACUAGAAAUUGGAUUCUUCAAUUGGCUUGUACUUGGAUAUGUCCUGGAAAUUGAAUUCUUCAGUGCUCCAGCUCACUCGUCGCCGAUUCACACUUCCAAGGGAGGUCUUGUGUUCAAAACUCUAGCCUCCUUCGAUCCUUCCGACCCCAAUUUAAAAAAAGAAUUGAUCACUUCACUUGUUAAUUUUUGAAAAGUAUUAUUUCUUUAUUGUAUUUGAGUUUGGAAUUAAUUUAACACACAUCUUACACACUCUAAAUUAAGCCUAUAAAUUGAACAAGUUAGGAAAUUAAGAUUAUUUUAUUGUCUGAGAUUUAUCAUUUACUAUCCUUAAAUUGGCAAAAAUUUCCGAUAUUUAUUUAUAAUCAAAGACAGCCAAGAUCCUUAAUUAUAAUUUGCUGAAAAAUUCCCAUAUUUAUUUAUAAUCAAAGACACCCAAGAUCCUUAAUCAUAAAUCCGAACACUACUUUUAAUUAGUUAAUUUAUGAGUUCUUUGGUUUGUAUCAAUUGACACAAGCUAUAAUUGUUGUGUUGUAUGUAAAAUAUGAGUAGGACCUUUGCCUUGUACCAUCAAAGUAAUUACUCAGGCUCAAUUCACUUCAAGAAAAAGAAUUGUCGCUUCUGUUUGAUUGCUUUUUUGGGGCAUACCAGAAAUAUUUUAUACGUGAUGCAAUGGAGGAUAUUGUUUUUGAAAGGUUUGUUUAAGCCUAGAAUAUUCUAUCAAAAGAAUCCCAAGAUGAGAUGUAAAAUAGUGCACUACGAAUUAGGAGAGCCGACAUCAGGCCUAGCUUGAAUCUUGACAACAUUUCUCAUAAAUCUUGGGCAUUCUACUGCAGACCUUUUGAUGAUUAGUUUUUGAGACUAAAACCAUGGCUUAACUCAUCUGAAUCAUUUGUUUAUAAAUGGAAAGUUUGGCUUCAAAAUAGACAAUUACGACCAAUUUAUUCUUCUAAAUCUUUUACUUUGGUUGCUAUUGAUGUACAUUGGUUAUGAUGCUAAAGGCAGAUACUAUGCUAGAAGCCUAGAAGCAAUUGAUAUGACCUAUAAGUAAACUUUUGGCAUCACUUAUUGAACUGCAAGUUCAAAAGGCAGAACUGUUUAAUUUGCCAUCACUUUUUAAAAUUGCUUCUUCUUACAAGUGUAUUCAUGUCUAGGAGUAAUGCUAUUCUUCUAUUAAAAAACCUUCGUUUCAAGAAUACAAGUUGAUAUUUGUUGUUUCUAAGUUUAAAGAAUACGACUAAAUAGCAGAUUCUAGUCUAUCAAAUAAUAUUGUGUUGGAUUAAUAUAGGAUUCAAUCUCUAGGGAAUAGUAGUCUAGUAGCUAAUUCCCCUAAUCUGAAACAUGUAUUUUUAUAUUUGGUAGAAUCCUACUUUGGUGAAUUGCAGACUUGCAGUUCCUAAACAUAGCGGUAAAAGCUUAAACAAAGGGGUCUAAGUGGUUGACUUAUACAAGGAGUUUAAUUAAGUGGUCCAAAUCAGAUUUGUCUAAAUUAGGAACAAAAGAAUCAGAAUAUAAGGUAAGAGCUUUCUCAUGUAUGACAAGGUCCAUUUGUGGAUCCAGUGGCUAGAGGAUAAAAAGUGGAUGAAAUGUGAAUAUGUGAUUUUUAAAAUAAAUUAUUUAAAUAAUGAAACCUGCAAGUCCUGCAUAAAAAUUAUGGAAUAAAAGUUGGGUCCCAUAAAAACCUCACCAUUCUUUCAUCUUCCUUUUUCGACUUGUUCAAUUAUGAAGGGGAGGGAUUAGGGAUAAGAGUUGAAGAUGAUUGUUUGUGUGACCGGAGGUGCUGGUUACCUUGCCUCGUUUCUCAUCAAGACAUUGUUGGAGAGGGGCUAUACAGUCCAUGCAACUCUCAGGAAUCUAGGUGAUCCAGCAAAGGUGGGACUUCUAAAGGAGCUUCCUCAUGCAGAAACGAAAUUGAAGUUGUUUGAGGCAGAUGUAUACAAACCUGAUGAAUUUGCUCCUGCCAUUCGAGGUUGUCAAGUGGUGAUCCAUAUGGCUACUCCUUUGCAGCACACCCAACAAAGCACUGAGUACAAAAAUAUGUGGGAGGCUACUGUUGCUGGAGUUAGGAGCAUUGCGGAUUCGUGUAUAAGAUCGGGGACUGUAAAGAAACUUAUUUACACAGCCACCGUGAUGGCUGCAUCUCCAUUGAGGGACAAUGCAACAGGUUUCAAGGACACCAUGGACGAGACUUGUUGGACUCCUUUUGAUUUCCCAACCCUUUACCAUAUUGAUUCAUUCGUGGACUACGCGAGAUCAAAGACAUUAGCGGAGAAAGAAGUGUUGAGCUACAAUGGGAAAGGCAACAUACAAGUUGUUUCUCUUGUUACUGGCGCUGUUGGAGGCCGUGAAACGCUUCAAUCAUGGAUGCCAGAAAGCUUGGGUUUGAUGGUCUCACAAGCUACAAAUGACAAAACAAGGUAUGAAGUGCUGAGGUUUAUAGAGGAGUUGGAUGGUAAAGUUCCAAUUGUACAUUUGGAAGAUGUAACUGCAGCCCACAUUUUCUGCAUGGAAAAUCCAGAAAUUAAUGGCAGGUUUCUUUGUGCAAAUUCCUAUCUAAAGUCCGCCGAGAUUGCGUCUUUCUAUCAGCACCACUUCCCUGCCAUCACAAUCCCUCAAGAGUUCAUUGAGGAUACAAGGAGGGAUAUAAAGUGGAAUUCAAGCAAACUGGAAGAUGCAGGUUUUGAGUACAAAUAUGACUAUAAGACGAUACUUUUGGAUAGUCUGGAAUGUGCCAAGAGAUUCAGCAACCAUUUUACUGAAGUAUAGUGGGCUAAACUAGUUGUUUGGCCCAAGUGCCUCGGGGGUUUUUGACAGACCCUGACUGAAUCCUGAAUGGGUAAUUCUAUAUACAGCCCAUAAAUUACUAAUCGCAGCCACCAAUUUAAAUAUUAAUAAAUAAACUAAUUCAAUGUCUAAAUUGCCCUUGUAACGGCAUAACCAUCGUCGCUUUAAUAUCAUUGUGGCAAACUAUCUUUCACCACACUCCACGAGUGACAGAUGAAGGAAGACGAAGACUCCGGAAUGCCUAAAGCUGCCAAAAUGAUUACCCUAGCUGAUAUCUUGUAGAAUUUUGCAUCUUCUAUGGAGUUCAUCAAACCUGCUAUCAUUACCGAUUACAAUAAUUUGAAAGUUCUUCUCAACUUUUCAUUGUUUUUUAUAAUCCGCCGGAUAAAUGAAAAUAAUCAAAUUGAACAGGAAUCACUAAUUCUCUACUCCACAUUAUCUUAAACAUCAACAAGAAGUCCUCUGAAGAAUAUAAGAAUUGAAUUUUAAAAUUUGCUCAUCACAAUAUCAUAAAAUAAAAUUCUGAUGAAAGAAACCAAUAAGUGAAAAAAUAGUAGAAACUUUCAACUUAAGAACUACAGAGUAUAUAUCUACCGUUUACAUCUAAAGCAAGGAUUCCAGACGUUUGCCUUUGUAAGUCUUGUUCGGAAAAGUCAAAAAAAAAAAAAGCAAAGCAACAAAAGCUGCUGAAAUUUGAGGAGAAAAUGGAAGCUUCAUCCUCCGACUACUUUUCGGGAAACACCGGUCACUUCCUCUUUCAACCCGAUUCAUCGGCUUCGUUCCCCUCUUAGUCUAUUUGCCUAAUCAAUCUUGUACAACAGGAAGCUAUUGCGGAUCGAUCUCGAAUGAAUUUCGAUGCCAUUGUGUGAAGCAGAACAUAUGGUUCUGGUUCUGUAGCCUGUACGAUAUGGUUCAGAUCUCGGCAUGCUUAAGCCGGCCAGGGUAGUUUCAAUAAUAAGGGUAUAAUAGGAAUUAAAUAAUAAUUUAGUUUAUUACGCAGAACAUAUGGCUGUGCAUAGUAAAAAAGAGGCUGCCGAUAGAAUCCCCCAUCCUGAAUUCUUAAAACAUGUACUUUACUUACUUAGCUCAAUCCAUUACUCUCCUUUUUUGAACAUCAUGUCUAAGCCUCUCAUUUAAUUUCUAUUUUAUGAAAUAAUUAGCACUCUUAUAUGUUAGAUUAAUCAUUGAAUAUUAUAAAAAUAAUUCACCUAUAAUAUCA